AUGAGUACCAACAGCAACCAGAUGAAUCCGAUUCAGCAUCCUUUGCGUGCCACGGCGGAAAUGAUAGGUAGCGAGACCCAGGGAGAGCGCCGUCCACCUCGCGCAAGCCAUAUGCAAGGGGCGAACGAGGGUCCGGCAGAUGUGAUUGCCAAAGUCUCGGGGGCAAUGAAGGGUGGCAAACGGGAGGACGAUGGUGCCUACUUCACAAACAAUGAAGGAAUACCUUUUCCAGACCCAGCACACAGCAAAACCGUUGGCGGUCUUCCAUUGGCCAGCGAUGUCUUUCUCUUCCAGUACGUAGUUGAUACGGGGAUUCUGACGCAUUCUAACUUCUCUCUCUCUCUAGGAAGCAGCAGCAUUUCAAUAGAUCAAAAAACCUUGAGCAAAGCCGACUUCUUAUCCAAGGUAGGAGAGAAGACUCCCGUCUUUGUGCGCUUCUCGACGGUGACUUUGGGGCGCGAGUUCCCCGAUGAGGCCCGUAACCCUCGAGGAUUUGCCAUCAAGUUUUACACCAUGGAAGGCAACUACGAUAUUGUUGGGCUGAAUUUUGUAUGUUUCUGGGAUACAGUUCCCCCCUUUUCCCUGGUGAGGUUCAAACUAACAGGCACACAGCCUGUAUUCUUUUGCAGAGAUCCUAUCCAGGGGCCCGACGUCAUUCGGUCGCAGUCGAGGAACCCGCAAAACUUUCUCCUUGAUCACGAUGCUUUGUUUGACCUUCUCGCCAACACUCCAGAGGCCAACCAUGCUGGGUUAAUGUUUUUCAGUGACCAUGGCACGCCACAGGGGUGGCGAUUCAACCACGGCUACGGCUGCCAUACCUUCAAGUGGGUUAAUGACAAGGGCGGCUUCGUCUACAUCAAGUAUCACUUCAUCGCCAAGCACGGCCAGAAACAAUUUACAGAAGAUGAAGCAGUCCGGAUUUGUGGCCAAGAUCCCGACUAUUCGAAACGGGAUCUUUGGGCUACUAUUGAGCGUGGCGAGGAGGUCGAAUGGACCGCAUACGUGCAAGUCAUGGACCCUAACAAGACGGACCCCGAGUCGCUUGGGUUCGACCCAUUUGAUGUCACCAAAGUCUGGCCGAGAAAGGAGUUUCCCAUGAAGGAGUUCGGUCGCCUCGUACUCAAUAAGAACCCUGAGAAUUUCCACCGAGAUGUAGAGCAGGCGGCAUUCUCCCCAGGCAGCAUGGUCCCCGGCAUUGAAGAUUCGCCCGAUCCUCUUCUUCAGUUUCGCAUGUUCUUCUACCGCGACGCGCAGUACCACCGAAUCGGAGUUAAUUUACAUCAAGUCCCUGUAAACUGUCCCUUUAUGGCGAAGUCAUACGCGUCUCUCAACUUUGACGGGCAAAUGCGAGUCGAUGCCAAUCACGCCGGAAACAAGCAAUAUGCCCCAAACAGCUUCGCCCACAAAUUCCGUCCAGAUGUGGCUGAAGCUCCAUACGGGGUCCAAGACGCUAUUUCUAGCAGAAAGAGCCAUUUCUGGCACGAAGGGAAGAGGAACGACUAUGACCAAGCCACCGAGUUAUGGAAAAGAGUCAUGACAGACCAACAAAGACAGCACACCAUCACCAAUACUGCAAAAUGGCUGAACAGGGUCAACUACUCCGAGAUUCAGGUCAAGUAUCUCGCGCAACUUCAUAAUAUAUCCCCCGACUAUGCGCAGGGAGUUUAUGACAGGCUGAUUGAUCCAGGGUUUAGUAUCUCAGAAGUGCAAGAACGUGCAGAGAGUGCUCACGAGUGGUAUAAGGAAGGGAAAUUCCGCCCUGCGACACAGGGCAAGCCUUCCGGCGUCCCACCGCCUCGGCAUGUCUAUAGUUGA